UUGUGCAAUGUCCAUUUUGUGCUUCCGUAGACAGAGUUGCCUGUUUGAACUUUGAACUUGAAUCAAUGGCAUUUUCAGUGCUUGUUCGUAUGUUCGUAUGUGGGCCUAUAUUGAACUUGAAUAAAGACCAUGAUCAUAGUGUUCCUUUGUUAUGGUACUGUGUGACACAAAUAGCGACUCGUUUUUCUUGUGUUGGGUAAAGGAAUGUAGCUGUUGUUGCACCAUUCAUCACAUGAGGAUAAAGUAUAGGCCUGACAUGUACACAUUAUAAGCCUAAGGCUUACAACUUACAAGUUGAUGGUAGUUUUGCCAUACUUUUUUUACAUUUGGCGGAAGUAUUAUGUUUGUGGUGGAAAACUUCAGCUAACUGUUGAUCCAGUUGAAGUAGGUCACAUUUGAAAUAUGGCGGAGGCUGCAGCCAAAACUGUGUGGAAGAUCAGCCAGGGGCAUCUGGAAUGUUCGAUCUGUUGCUGUCUUUUCAAGGAUCCCAAGAUGCUGGACUGUCUGCACAGCUUCUGCCUGAAGUGUCUGAAAGAGAUGAUGAGCAAACAGAAGCCAGAGGCAGAGAAAAUAAUAUGUCCAGUCUGCAGGAGAGAGACGCAAGUUCCGGAUGGAGGACUACAGAGUCUAGCUUCGUCUUUCUUUCUUAGUUCUCUUGUCGAUGAGGUCAAACAACAGAAGGAGGUAUUAGGAGAUGCAUCUGCACCUACCGUCACAUGUGACUGUGGAGAAGGCAAGGAGGCCACUUGGAGGUGUCUUGAUUGUAGUGAUAACCUCUGCCAGGAAUGCCGGAAAGCCCAUGGGAGGUUUAAGUCAACCAAAAACCAUCAAAUCAUUUCAUUGGGAGAUUGGAAGAAAUCAAAGAUGCCACCAGCAGAACAUAGCAAACCCAUCACCCCAAUGUGUACGAUCCACACUGACCAUCCUCUGUGUUUCUUCUGUGACACAUGCAAUACCUUAAUCUGCUCAAUGUGUGUCGCAUUAGAUCAUCGGUCAGCAGAGCACAAUUUCCUAAAGAUUGAUGACCUGAUCAGGUCCUUCCGCAGUGAGGUCGAAAACAUACUGCAGAAGUUCGAGAAGAGCAGGCAGCACUUCAAAUCUACUGAAAAGUCAAUCGAACAUGCACGAAAUAGAUUGCAAAAGAAACUGGCACAGGCUCGUACUGGUAUUGAUGCAAAAGCGGAGGCAGAGAUCGCUAAAAUCAGAAACAAAGCAAAGCUUCUCACCGACAAAGUCAACGAAAUCGGUCAGGAGAGAGACAGUGAGUACGAAAAGGUGCUCACGAACAACCGUGAACAGAUGGAACGCGCAGAUCACACCAUCGCGGCCGUAAAUGACUUGAUGAGUCAAGCCGAUGAUUUUGAGCUUUUGGAGCUCAAGCCAAAGGUGAUGCACAACUUGGAAUUCCAGGAGGAACUCAAGUGUGAACCGGCGAAUUAUGGUCUGUCGUUCAUUGGUGUCAGAUUUCAAGACGUAGUGAGUGAUGCAGAUCUUGGGGAGGUCUGUGUCCGCGAAAAAUGGCAGUUAAAGGAAAAGUUUGGUAAAAAAGGUACCAAUGACGAGGAAUUCAAAUGCGCCAGGGCUGUUGCAUGUUUCACAAACGGGGACAUUGUAGUAACUGACACAGAUUUGAAACGGUUAUCAUUGUUUAGCUCCACUGGUCGAUAUAAAACAGCGGUUGCUGAAGGAGGUCUUAUGCAUCAGUUGGAAGCUCCUUGGGUGUCCCAUGAUGAUCUGCUUUUUGUCACGGACAAAAAGAAAGUGAAGGUUUUUGACACUGAGCUCCAAUUUGUUCGCGAGUUUACACCUUCGGCUGACGAUGCCGAUGGGCGAUCAAAGAGUUACCUCACUGCUAUUGCUGUUGACAGUCAGCGAGUAGCAGUCGCUGACAAGGGGAGAAAGGUCAUCAGUGUCCACAACUUGGACGGAUCGUUGAUUGCAAGCAUCUCAAAUAACAUGGUCGGAGACUGUGCAGUGCAGUGUUACGAUUCAAAUGGUGCAUUCAUAGCAACAGUAGCUCAAGGGAUGUACAAUCCGUUAGGAAUGGCCUUCACCCCUGCUGGCGACGUAGUUGUUGCUGACCGACACUCCGUUAAGAUCUUUGAGCGAAUGUGA